GUCUCCCUUCACCACAAACAUCGAAAGCCCGCCGAGCUCAAGCCAGACAAGCACGGUCUAACUGGAGUCAUGCGACUUCUGGUGCUAUGCGUGCCUGGGUUAGUCGUGGCGACAUUUGUCGAGCAGCGCACAGAGGGUGUGGGCUUUCAGUGUGCUCUUCUCCGCUUCAACUCCCAGCGGACGGAGCUAAGCUGCUGGGGCCAAAAUGACAAAGGUCAGCUGGGCCAGGGCGACACACUGCCGCGUCCGACCCAGCAGGCGCCGGUCCUGUUGGGAGCCCAGGUGGUGCAGGUCAGCAGCGGGGCUCACCACAGCUGCGCCCUCCUGCAGACCGGUGAGGUGAAGUGCUGGGGUGCGAACAAUCGUGGCCAGCUUGGCUUGGGCGACUCUGCCAACCGCGGGGACGACCCAAAGGAGAUGGGGGAAUUCCUGACCCCGGUCGGACUGGGACCUUGCAAGGCUGUGGAGGUGCGGCUUGGCCUCGAGCACAGCUGUGGCCCGGCUAGACGAUGGGCGCGUGAAGUGUUGGGGUGCCAACGGCCAGGGGCAGGCUCGCACGGGAGGUCCCGCCUCCAUCGGUCUUUGGCCAUGGGAGCUCGGCGAGGCUUUGGUCCCAGAGCCCUUAGGGACUGGGCGGCGAGCGAUUGGCCUCUUGGCAGGUUCCUGGCACAGCUGUGCCAUCCUUGA